CAGCCCUAACACCCCACAAACAAAAAAAAUAAACCCUAAAACCCUGUCACUCACUCUGAAUCCUCCGCGGCUGCCUUCCGGCCUCCAGCCUCGAGCCGUCGCGCCCUCCGCCGCUGCUCCACCGCUCUCGGUCCUCGUGUGCUCCACUACUGGCGCAUCACGCGUCCUCUUCCUCCUUCACUUCGCGUCUUCUCUGCCAUCCUUCGCAUCCUCGCUGUUAUUGAUCGCAGUAGUCUACAGUGUCAACCACUAUGGAUGACGGAAUGGACACCUCUCCCAGCAUCUUCGAUCCUCAGAACCUCUCCACUAGACAGAAGUUUCGCAGAUACGGGAAGAGGCACUCAACUUCUGGUGCUUCAAUCCAUCAAGAUAACUCAGCUUCCAAGUUGAGUGAAACUGGGCUUUUAUAUGAUGGCCAAAGUAUCCACAGCCCUACUAAUGCUGCACUUCUUCUUGAAAACAUUAAACAAGAGGUUGAGGGUCUUGAUGCUGAAUACUAUGAAGAAAAAAUACAACCUUCCUCUAAAAGGAUGCUGUCUUCUGAUAUUCAAGGAAUCCCUGUUGUUGAUGCUGGUUUUGACUCUAUACGCCACUCAUUAAAAGCUUGUAAACAAGAUGGUGACUCAUUGGGAGAUGGUGCAGAAACGAUUUUUACUUUAUUUGGAUCUCUGCUUGACUGUGCUAUGCAAGGAUUGAUGCCUGUUUCUGAUCUGAUACUACGUUUUGAGAAUGCAUGUCGAGAUGUUUCAGAAUCUAUCAGGUAUGGUUUGAAUGUUAAGCAUCGAGUUGUUGAGGACAAAUUGAUGAGGCAGAAGGCUCAGCUCUUGCUUGAUGAGGCUGCAACGUGGUCUUUGCUGUGGUUCGUUUAUGGGAAAGUGACUGAAGAACUAUCUAAAGAGCAAAUACCGGUGUCAGGAACCUCCCAUGCUGUGGCUUGUGAGUUUGUUUCAGAAGACCAUACUGCUCAAUUAUGCCUUCGGAUAGUCCAGUGGUUGGAGGGUUUAGCUUCAAAAGCUCUUGACUUGGAAGAAAAGGUGCGUGGAUCUCAUGUUGGUAGUUAUCUUCCUAGUUCUGGUGUUUGGCAUCAUACUCAACGUUACUUAAAGAAAGAGAGAGCUGAUAUGAACAUUGUUCAUCACUUGGAUUUUGAUGCUCCGACUCGUGAAAAUGCAAACCUAUUGCCUGAUGACAUGAAACAAGAUGAAUCUCUUUUAGAAGAUGUUUGGACUCUUUUAAGGGCUGGAAGACUAGAAGAGGCAUCUGGACUUUGUCAUUCUGCUGGACAGCCAUGGAGAGCUGCCUCUCUGUGUCCAUUUGGAGGUUUGAACCUGUUUCCUUCAGUUGAAGCUCUGGUGAAGAAUGGUAAAAGUAGAACAUUGCAGGCUGUUGAAUUUGAAAGUGGCAUUGGUCAUCAGUGGCAUCUUUGGAAAUGGGCUUCAUAUUGUGCAUCAGAGAAAAUAUCAGAGCUUGGUGGGAAAUUUGAAGCUGCUGUAUAUGCAGUCCAAUGUAGCAACUUAAAACGGAUGCUUCCAUUGUGUACAGAUUGGGAGUCAGCAUGCUGGGCAUUGGCGAAGUCUUGGCUUGAUGUGCAGGUAGACUUGGAAAUCACACGUUCGCUGCCUGGUGGAAUUGAUCAACUUAGAUCUUUUGGUGAUGUAAUUAAUGGAAGCCCAGGACACGCUGAUGGCUCCUUGGAUCCCACAGAUGGGCCCGAAAAUUGGCCUAUUCAAGUUUUGAAUCAGCAACCACGACAACUUUCAUCUCUUCUUCAGAAGCUACAUUCAGGUGAAAUGAUGCAUGAGGCUGUAACUCAACAAUGCAAGGAGCAACACCGACAAAUUCAGAUGACUUUAAUGCAAGGUGAUAUACCACGUGUACUGGACCUUAUAUGGUCAUGGAUAGCACCAUCAGAAAAUGAUCAGAAUAUAUUUAGGCCUCAUGGAGAUUCUCAGAUGAUACGAUUUGGUGCACAUCUAGUCCUCGUGCUGAGAUAUUUACUUGCUGAGGAAAUGAAAGAUACCUUUAGAGACAAGAUUCUUAGCGUUGGUGAUAACAUUUUGCACAUGUAUGCACUGUUUCUCUUUUCAAAGGAGCACGAGGAGCUGGUUGGCAUAUAUGCUUCUCAGCUUGCAUGUCACCGUUGUAUUGACCUCUUUGUGCACAUGAUGGAACUCAGGCUAGACAGCAGUGUACAUGUCAAAUACAAGAUCUUCCUUUCUGCCAUUGAGUAUUUACCAUUUUCCUCCGAGCAUGAUUCGACGGGCAAUUUUGAAGAUAUUAUAGAGAGAAUUUUAUUGAGAUCUCGGGAGAUCAAGGCUGGUGAAUAUGCUGACCUGUCAGAUGUUGCAGAGCAGCACAGACUGCAAAGUCUUCAGAAAGCCAAAGCCAUUCAAUGGCUUUGCUUUACACCACCAUCAACAAUUCCUAAUUUCCAAGAUGUUAGUAAAAGAUUACUUAUCCGAGCAUUAACACACAGCAACAUACUCUUCAGGGAGUUUGCUCUAAUUUCGAUGUGGAGAGUACCAGCAAUGCCUAUAGGUGCGCACACAGCACUUGGUUUUCUCGCUGAGCCCUUGAAACAGCUCUCCGAAACUCCGGAGACGUCGGAAGAUGAUAUUGUUUUUGAGCAUCUGAGGGAGUUCCAAGACUGGCGUGAAUAUUAUUCCUGUGAUGCAACCUACCGCAAUUGGCUCAAACUUGAACUAGAGAAUGCAGAAGUUCCUGCCUCUGACCUGUCGUUAGAGGAAAAGAAGAGGGCCAUUUCAACAGCAGAGGAAAUGCUGACAGCAUCUCUUUCACUACUAGAAAGACAAGAAACCCCUUGGCUGGCUUCUAUUAACGAUGGCUAUGAAUCGGCUGAACCUGUUUACCUUGAACUUCAUGCCACUUCAAUGCUAUGCUUGCCAUCUGGAGAUUGUUUGUGUCCAGAUGCUACUGUGUGCACUACCCUGAUGAGUGCCCUUUACUCAUCAGUUGGUCAUGAGGUUAUCUUAAGCCGACAACUAAUGGUGAAUGUCUCCAUAUCUUCAAGGGACAAGUAUUGCAUUGAUGUUGUUCUCCGUUGCUUAGCAAUAGCUGGUGAUGGACUUGGACCACACAAUCUCAAUGAUGGUGGUAUUCUUGGAACAAUUAUGGCUGCAGGUUUUAAAGGUGAGCUUCCUCGGUUUCAAUCUGGGGUAACGUUGGAAAUAUCCAGAUUGGAUGCUUGGUACUCCAAUAAAGAUGGAACCAUAGAAUACCCAGCAACCUACAUUGUGAAAGGACUUUGCCGUAGAUGCUGUCUCCCUGAAAUCAUUCUCCGUUGUAUGCAAGUUUCUGUCUCUCUCAUGGGAUCAGGAGUCAUGCCUGAUUGCCACGAUCGAUUGAUUGAAAUGGUUGGCAGCCCCGAAACUAAGUUUCUUCACUUAUUUAGUCAACAACAAUUACAGGAGUUUCUAUUGUUUGAGAGGGAGUACUCAAUCUGCAGAAUGGAGCUUACUGAGGUAUAAUUUGUUGCUCCAUCAGCUGAAGAGUUCAGAGAGUGAAUUAACUCUGAAAGGCUUAUACAUUUUGUUGUAGUGCAGUUAAGGUACCUUGUGUUUAUUGUUCGAAGAAUGUCUUGGAGAUUUUCUCUUUCAUUUUGUUAAAAAGAAUUCACUUACUGUAUAUAUAUCUCAUCUAAAUAUUCAACUCACAUUUUCCAUUUCCUUUCCUCAAAGGUGGUAUUCUUAGAACAUGUGUGAUUGCUACUUUCAGCAUAUACACCUUGAAAUGUAUUUUAGUUCAAUGUUGGUUUAAACUGGGAGUAAACUAUCA